CCAGGAGCAGGGCAACAUAAAUGUUUUAACUGAAUGCACAUGAAUAUGGUGACCACCCAAUCCUUCAACAAUACUACGCUCUCUACUUUAGAUAAAGAAUAUAAGGUAAAGAAUUCAUGUGAGAACACUGAGGAUUAGGCCAACCCAAGAUGUCCACAACUCUAAGCAAUUCUCCCACCAUGAGAAGACCCAAAACCACCUCUCUUCAACCGCAAGUCUCCACCUUCCCUCCUACCAUACAAAACACUAUGUAUAAAUCCAGCACCAAUGCCACAACAAUGCCUGAGAAAAUGGGCACAAAAAUUCCGAUAGAGAUAGGAACUAGGGGAACUAUUGGAUCCCUCAUAAUGCAAGAAAUUGAGUACUUUAGCCAGCUAGAAUUAGGCUGCCGGAAUGCCUCAGAGAAAUCGAGGUGUCAGGUCACAGGCAGAGCUUCCACUAGCAGUUAUUCCAGGCCCAAGGUUGUGUCGUUGAUCAGAACCCCCAAAAAGAAGAAAGGAGGCAGUAGGUUCAUACCAAGAAUGUGUUCUGUGGUAGAAGUGGCUGACAAUCAACCAAAUGUGAUUUCUGGAUUCAACUACAGAAAUUUGAAAGCUGAUGUGCAAAGGGUGCAGGUUUAGACAACACUCUCAGAGAGCUUAGAGAAACUGAGCUUCUUGAGUCGAUUUGUUAAAGGGGUCACCCAUGUCCUAUCCUGAUUCCUGCAUUUUAUGUCCACAACUUCAACUAUGUUAGAACCCUUUUUGUCAGGUUUUCCUCUUAUAGGAGUUCCAUCUACUGAAAUAUUAUCCGAGCCAAGCAUUGGAAUAUGAUGGGUUUUCGGAUAGUGUUUUGUUUUGCGGACUUUUUCAGGGCUUUUAUGAUUAAUGCUGUUGCUACCAU